AUGGGGGCGGCAGGUGUGGUUGAGUCAUUCGGCUGGCUUCCUGGCAGCCAGGCCAUCGUGGGUGAGGGACACCAAACUGCUCAUGCCACAGCUGAUGUAUCAGAUAGUCCCCUUGUCACUCUUGACUCAGCUGUGCCUGGCACCCCCUGCAGGGCCACCAUCUGUGCAUCCUGGGCCAGUGCCCAGGGAACUUUCUGGAACCCCAGAUGCUAUCUAAGGACAUGGGUACAGGGGGUGGUGAAGUUUGAGGUUCCUGAAACCCUCUACCAGGGCGGGGUGUCGGGUGUGCGAGGUCCGAGGAGGAGGGUGGGGGAUUCCCCUGGUGGGGGUGGACAGACACGUCAGCCCCCGCAGCAGCGUGAACCGGGGGCGGGAGCGGGGGCGGGUGGAGGCUUAAAUAGGCGACUCUGGAGCCAGAGCCCAGUGCGGGCUGAGAAGGCGGUGGCUGCAGCAGCAGCGGCGGCGGUGACCCAAGAGUCCGAGUCCAGACUACGAGUGGGUGGCAUCCUAACCCGGAUCCUAGUCCUGAGCGUGUCUGUGUGCGAGUGGGCCGGGACGGGGACUCAGGGGCCCAGGCUGGACUGGCCCGAGGACUCUGAGGACUCACUCAGCUCGGGGGGCAGCGACUCUGACGAGAGCGUUUACAAGGUGCUGCUGCUGGGGGCGCCCGGCGUGGGCAAGAGCGCCCUGGCGCGCAUCUUCGGCGGUGUGGAGGAUGGUCCCGAAGCAGAGGCAGCAGGGCACACCUAUGAUCGCUCCAUUGUGGUGGACGGAGAAGAGGCAUCACUCAUGGUCUACGACAUUUGGGAGCAGGACGGGGGCCGCUGGUUGCCCGGACACUGCAUGGCCAUGGGGGAUGCCUAUGUCAUCGUGUACUCAGUGACGGACAAGGGCAGCUUCGAGAAGGCCUCAGAACUGCGGGUCCAGCUGCGGCGUGCACGGCAAACAGAUGAUGUGCCCAUCAUCCUUGUGGGCAACAAGAGCGACCUGGUGCGCUCUCGUGAGGUCUCGGUGGAUGAGGGCCGGGCCUGUGCGGUGGUCUUUGACUGCAAGUUCAUUGAGACAUCAGCGGCAUUGCACCACAAUGUCCAGGCCCUGUUUGAAGGUGUCGUGCGCCAAAUACGCCUGCGCAGGGACAGCAAAGAGGCCAACGCGCGACGGCAAGCAGGUACCCGGAGGCGAGAGAGCCUUGGCAAAAAGGCGAAGCGCUUCCUGGGCCGCAUCGUAGCUCGUAACAGCCGCAAGAUGGCCUUUCGCGCCAAGUCCAAGUCCUGCCACGACCUCUCGGUUCUCUAGGUCCCACCCGCUCUCAGUAUGGUGGGAGACGGACGGACGGGUUGGUGGGCUGGCCCAGCCAACUGCCCCAGGUGCCUCAGGGCUAGCUCAGACUCUGGGUCCCUUGGAGCUGCCAGCCGGGUACCCCCAACCUCAUGGUCAUGGACAGACAGACAGUGUUGCCCAGUGAGGCCAGGGGCCAGUGAGGGCUGGGCCCACAGAGAUGCAUGCGCAGGCUCAUCUGCGUCCCAAGCAGCCGGAGCGCAGCCGCGGGGCAGGCCUGUGUGCCGGGAGAGGACUCUGACUUUUUUCACAACCCGGGUGUGCCUGCCCUGGAGGGAGGCUGUUCAGUGCUGUGGCUAUUUGUUUACAUGCAGAUUUUUGUAAUAAAGACUAUUUCCUGAUA